AAAAUUAAAAUAAUUAAUUACUAAUAUUAUAUUGGCAAAAGAAAUAUGGAAAUUGGUAGAAUGGGAUUGGAGUGGCGGUGCCCCCGGUUAUUGUGAAGCAGUCCAGCUACUUUUUAGUCUCCCUCUUGUCUAUGUUUCAUCUUCUUCUUGUUCUUGAUUCUCAAAACUGCCCUGCUGAUUCCACUCCGGUCGAGAGAGAGAUUAUGCAGGGCUACUCUGUGUUUUCGCCUAAAGUUUCUCCCUUUUCCCUUUCCUCCUCUCUUUCUUCAAACCCCACUUACUCUUCUUCGCCAUUCCCCUUUAAAGCUGCUAAAUUGAACGAAUGGGAGAAAAGGGCUCUUCAUUCUCCUGUUGUUAAUCCUUUUCAUUAUGCCCCAAACAAGCCUUUGCUUUAUUUCAAGGUACAUGCAACUGCUGCUGAAACUGAUCAACCAAAAUGGUGGGAAAAGAAUGCCCCAAAUCUGAUUGACAUCCAUUCCACUCAGGAAUUUUUAGAUGCUUUAAGUCAAGCUGGAGAUAAAUUAGUGAUUGUUGAAUUUUAUGGCACAUGGUGUGCCUCUUGUCGUGCAUUGUUCCCUAAGAUCUGCAUGAUUGCUGAAAAACACCCAGAGAUUCUUUUCAUUAAGGUGAACUUUGAUGAGAACAAGUCCUUGUGCAAAAGCUUAAAUGUAAAAGUCCUUCCAUAUUUCCACUUCUACAGAGGAGCAGACGGCCUGUUGGAUUCCUUUUCUUGCUCGCUCGCAAAGCUCCAGAAACUGAGGGAUGCAAUUGAAAAUUAUAACCCAGCUCAUGCAAAGGAGAGCUGAAAGGCACUGGUGAUUCUCAACUUCAUGACUUCCAUGAAGUUUCUGCAUAUGACAGAAAUGAGCAGUCCAAAUAAUCUUCGGAGUUACAAGUAUGCAAAAUUUGGUUGUAUGAUAUUUUGUUUCAUAACCUUAUUGCUGAUUGCUAGGGGCUGUGUCAUACUCACAGAUUCUCUUCUAUAAUAUGCUAGAAAGCUGCACAUAGUUCUUUGUACAAAGCAUUCAUUUUUUGCCACUGCUGUGAUCUAUCUCCUGUGAUUAUCUGGUAAAAUUUCAAAAUAAAAUCACUAUCGUAUGUGUUUCUUAA